AUGGCGUUCACAAUCAAAGUCCCCUGCUCUUCGGCCAACAUCGGCCCCGGUUUUGAUGUAAUCGGCCUUGCGCUAUCAAUCUAUCUUGAACUUCACGUCAGCACCACUACCAACCCCUCCUCUGACAAACCCAAAUUAAACUGCGCCAUCACAUAUGAAGGCGAAGGCGCGGACGAAGUCAGCCUUGACCCUGAAGUUAACCUAAUCACCCGUGUUGCAUUAUAUGUUCUCCGGUGCCAUAAUAGCCAUGGCUUCCCUAUCCAGACGCAUGUUCAUAUCAAAAACCCGAUUCCGCUAGGUCGAGGGCUAGGAUCAAGCGGCGCAGCGGUGACCGCUGGGGUAGUGCUGGGAAAUGAGGUCGGAAAACUUGGUCUGGAUAAGGCGAGAAUGCUGGAUUAUUGUUUGAUGAUAGAACGCCAUCCCGAUAACGUCGCCGCAGCUCUCUACGGAGGUUUCGUGGGCACGUACCUCCGCGAACUAAAACCUGAAGAUCUGGCCUGGAAAGAGAUCCCGCUUAGUGAAGUCCUCCCGGCGCCAGCGGGAGGAAUAGAUACGGGCAUCAAACCGCCAGAACCGCCCGUCGGAAUAGGCCAUUAUAAGAAAUUUCCAUGGGCAACGCAAAUCAAAGCCAUUGCGAUCAUUCCCGAUUUCGAGCUUCCUACCGCAAAGGCUAGAGAAGUCUUGCCAGAAACAUACUCCAGAGCCGAUGUGAUCUAUAACCUCCAGCGCGCCACUCUCCUUCCAUCCGCUCUCAGCCAAGAGCCCCUCGACCCGGAUAUGAUCUACCUCGCUAUGCAAGACAAAGUCCACCAACCCUACCGCAAACAUCUAGUUCCAGGGCUCACGGAAAUCUUACAAUCUAUGAAUCCCAGCACCCAACCUGGCCUGCUAGGGAUCUGUCUCUCAGGAGCGGGACCCACGAUUCUUGCACUAGCCACGGAAAACUUCACGGAGAUCGCAAACAGGAUCCUGGGCGUGUUUAAGGAGAACGGGAUUACAUGUCAAUGGAAGGUGUUGGAGCCAGCAGAGGACGGUGCGACUGUGGUCAGAGAAGACUAG